AAUAUUAUAAAAUUAAUAAUAACCUCUAGUUACAAAAUAAUUUUAACAAGACUAACAUAACGUCGCGACCACAUGAGCCCGCAAAAUCAGAAAAACUUUUGAACUACAUAAAAAAUGGAGACUACUGACUUCCAAAUUCCAGCAUCCAACUGAGUCAGUCAAAUGUCAACUCCACCGAACUUCUACAACCCCCUCCCUUUCUUCUAUAUUAACCACUAACUCACUCCAACUCUUCCUAUCCCAGAACAAUCAUAUCAUAUAAUCAACUCUUCAUCACAAUCCCAACUCCAAAAUGGCAAUCACAACUGGCCGCAUGACUAUGGCCGCUCUCCUCUCCCUCUCUGAAAUCCCAGACUUCACAAACAACCUCUCUCUCACUCCCACCCAAGCAACCAUCCAAAACGCCACAAACCUAAUCGCCAAAUGGGACCCCACCCAAAAAUUCACCUCCAUCUUCCACCAAAACCAACCCCAAGCGCAGGAAUUCAUCGCCUGCGUCGAGGAGCUGCGCACCGCGAUGCAUUUCCUCAUCGCCCACCGCCCCUACUCCCACCUCCUCGCGGAAGCCAACAAUCUCAUCAAACUGGCCAUGCUUCGCCUCGAGAAGGAGUUCUUUUACAUCCUCUCCGCAAACAGGGACUGCUUGACCCCUCAAUCCGUCUCCAGCGGCUCCUCCCGUCUCUCCCCGAGGUCGCUCUCCUUCAGCAACUCCGAGGAGGACGACAACAAGGAUGCAGAUUCCCUGCUGCUCGACCGAGCCAUGACGGAUUUGAAAAUGAUUGCAGAGACAAUGAUUGCUUGUGGAUAUAGCAAGGAGUGCGGAAACAUUUACAGAGUCACGAGGAAAUCCAUUGUUGAUGAAGAGGUGUAUCGCCUUGGCAUCAGAACCUACAAUCCGUCUCAGAUUAUGAGAUUAGAUCAUAAAUCCCUGCAGCGUUACGUCGACAAAUGGAUUUUUGCCGCGAAAAUCGCGGUGAAAUCCAUCUUCCGAGGCGAGAAAGUGCUGUGUGAUCGUGUUUUUGCGGUCUCAGACACAAUGAAUCAAACAUGUAUCGCGCAUACAACCAUGGAAGCAGGGAUGAAUCUGCUCCGAUUUCCAGAGGUCGUCGCUAAAACCAAGGCAUCGCCGGAGAAGAUUGUCCUCCUCAUUAACCUGUUCGAGACCAUCUCCGAUCUCUGGCCGGAAAUCGAGUCUAUUUUUUCGUACGAAACGCUUUCGCCGAUGAAAUCGCAGGCGCUCGCCUCAAUCCAGAAGCUUACCGAGUCGACUCAAGCGAUCCUCGCCGAGUUCGUCUCGUCGAUUCAGAAAAACGCGUCGAAAACGCCCCCUGCCGGCGGCGGAAUUCAUCCGCUGACCUACAAAGUGAUGGAUUACGUCGCUCUGCUAGCGGAUCGCGCCGGAACGCUCUCCGAUAUUAUCUCCGGCGACGACUCCGCCGCUCAAUCGCCUUUUCCUGAAUCCUACUUCGACAGCGCGAGCCCUACCCCCAAUUCCGGAGUAGCGAGUCGAAUCGCGUGGAUCAUUCUCGUCCUCCUCUGCAAACUAGACAAAAAAGCAGAGAUCUACAAAGACAUAGGGCUUUCCUACCUCUUCCUCGCCAACAACCUCCAAUUCGUUGUCGACAGAGCCGCAGCAACCUCCCUGAGAUUACUCCUCGGCGAGGAAUGGCUGUCGAAUCAGGAGAAGAAGGUGAAGCUCUACGCCGGGAGCUACGAGUCGGUCGCGUGGGCGAAGGUGAUGGCGGCGCUGCCGGCGGUUGCGGAGGCGGAAUCGUCCCCCGCCGCCGCGUGCAAGGAGCAUUUCAGGAGAUUCAAAACGGCUUUCCAGGCGGCGUGCAAAAAGCAGAGCGCGUGGAGCGUGCCGGAUCCGAAGCUGCGCGACGAGAUAAAAAUGUCGAUCGCGCGGAAGGUUGUUCCGGCGUACCGGCGGUUUUAUGAGAGCUGCUACGUGGCAAUUGAGAACGAAGAGUGGAAUCUGGAGGUUUUGGUUAGGUUUUCGCCGGACAAUUUGGGGAAUUAUCUGUCGGAUUUGUUCCAUGCGGCUGUUGAGAUAUCGGAGGAUUCGUCGCCGGCGUCGCCAUUGUCGUCGUCGCACUACAAGUUGAAGUUAGCGAGGUGUCUCUGAUCAGUUGGAUUUUUCAUUUUGACUAUAUAUAUUUUACUUUUUUGAAGUAUGGAA